UUGAUCGUUAAUUGUCAAAAAAAAAAUAUAUACACAUAUAUAUAAAUAUGUAACCUUUAAAAUAAUUAAAUUUCCGUGACAUUUUCAAAUGUUAAAUUUUUACUUCAUUUAUUUUUUAAUUAAACUUUUAUGAAAUGGACGUCCAAGUUAUCCUCUCGGAUCUGUCGUCAAAUGUGCCAGGGCUUCAAUAUUUACUGCGUCCUGAGUACGCUCCGUACUUAAAUACCGCCGGGACCGUUUUGCUGGGAUGGAUGGUCGUAUGCUGGUUAUUAAAUCUUCUCUGGACAUUUUUAGCUCCAUUGGCUAUAAGUAUACUCGGCAUAAUAAUUGUUUGUCCCGCAACAGCCAGGUGGCUUCUUGCACAAUUAGGACCAAGUGCCGAAUUGAUAAUCGAUAAUAUUUUACUUAAAUUUCAAUCAUUUCUUCCUUGAAAAAUUUAAAUUAUGUACAAAAUUAAUGAAACGUUUUUGAAAUUUUAGUUAUUUAUUCAUUUCGUAUUCAAAUAUUCGCGCUAAAUCUGAUAAAAUAAUAAAAUAAAUUUUUUUUUAAUCCACUGAGAUCUUUUACUUUUAUGAGAAAAAAUUCUUGUCAGUAUGGAGGGAAAAAAAAAUUUAUAACGAUGGGAAAAAUUUAAGUUGUAACUUUCGGGCAAAAUGGAGUGGCUUAAAAAAAGAAAUAAAUACUUGAGCUUAAAAUCAUAAGACAAUAUAAAUAUUAUCAGGUUAAUAAAUAAAAUGUAGCUUGAGUGUUUUUGUUGGCUGUCAAUUUUUUCCAUUUUAUAUAAAUGCCUUUAUUGUAGUAUUUGUUCAUUUAUUUUUUAUCCAAGUAAAUAAAUAUAUCUUUUAUCUAGAGUUUUCGUUGAUAAAUGGCCCAAGUUUACGUUUUAAAUUUUC